AUGUCCGACCCGGUACUUUUCGAAGACACCUUCACAAUCACCACCAUCAACUCCCAGAAAUAUGACCGUGUUUCGCGUCUGAGCUGCAACUCCACUGAUACCCUCUCGCACUUCACCCUCGAUGUCAACUCCGAGCUUUACCCUUGCGUCGUUGGCGAGUCUGUGAACAUGGCUCUGGCCUCGACGCUUUCUCUGGAUGGCAAGGAUGACUCCGGAUCGAAGGGCUGGAGAGAGGUUGGAAUGGGCGAGCAGACCUUGGCCAACGACUACGAUUAUGUCUGCCACGGCAAGGUUUACCGCUUCGAGGAGGGUUCGAGUCAGGGUAACAUGGCCGUUUUCAUCUCUUUCGGUGGACUUUUGCUUUACCUCGAAGGUCCUUACAAGAAGUUGGCCCCCUUGAGGAUCGACUACGUGUAUCUGCUCCUGAAGAAAUAG